AUGUCUCUCAACAUGUACACCACCACCAGCGACGAGGUCGGCCUUGGCGACAUUGUCUCUGUCAACAUCCCAGCUCAAGCGGCCUCUAUCCGCGAGGGUAUGGUUGUGGGUUCUCACUACGACAGACUGGGCCGUCUCGUUCUCGAGAUCCAGUUUGACGGUGGUGUUAUGUACAACGCUUGGUCGACGCAAGUCCAAAAAGUCCGAAGGACCACCACGUACUACCAGCCCUACCCAACCCACACAAGACGUUACGUCCAUCGCUAUCUGGAGUACUGA